AUGUCAAUAAGUUUUAAAACAAAUACAUAUACACAUGGUCGUGUCCGAACAAAGACAGUAAAGAAGGCAUCCAGAGUAAUUAUUGAGAAAUAUUACCCACGUCUCACCCUCGACUUUCAAACAAACAAAAAAAUUUGUCAUGAAGUCGCAAUUAUUGCAUCAAAGCGCCUUCGUAAUAAAAUUGCAGGGUUCACUACACAUUUAAUGAAACGUAUUCAACGUGGACCUGUACGUGGUAUUUCUUUCAAAUUACAAGAAGAAGAGCGUGAGAGAAAGGAUAAUUAUGUUCCCGAAGUAUCUGCUUUAGCAUUAGAUUCUAUUGAAAUCGAUCCAGAUACGAAGGAACUUCUUAAACUUUUGAACUUUGAGAAUUUGAGUGGUGUUACCGUUACAGCUCCAGUUGCUUUGAACACACUUGCCGAACGUCCGGGACGUGGCCCGAGAGGUCGUGGAGGUGGUGAUCGUCCACCUCGUCAAGAUGCUUAA